UUAAAACGUAGAAAAAGAGGAGAGUAAUGAAUCACGCAAUAAAAUUGGGUAGACAAUCACCAAUAUUUUCAACACCAAAUAGUUUAUCCUCCAUUGUAAGCAGCAGAAAAGGAGUUGAUAGUGUCAGAUUUGUGCAAAUUACUGGUAAUAACGAUCCUAAACAGCAGCCUAAUCUUCACAACAUGGACAAAUCCAACAAAGAUCAGAAUUUGAAUGCGAUGGAAGAGUCUUUUGGGGAGGCAUACGCCACAAGGAGUGACGAAGAAGGCUUCGGUGGUAUUUAUGGAGGCAACGAUGAGGACAAUGCUGCCAUGAAAAUUGUCCAAGACACUGCUCAUCAUGAUAGCAGCCAAGGGAGCGAGGUGAAGGAGAAAGAGAAAGCCCGUAACCAAACUGACUCAAAAUAGACUAGUUUUGAUCUAGAUCAACGAUCAAUAAUCAAUUUGUUUUGAAGUUUUUGGUAGCAUUUUCAUUUUAGAAUUACAUUUUAAUUUUAGAAGUUAAAUAGUAUUAUCCUUAGCUUUUAUGUUGCUGGAAAACUGCAACUUUAGUAUCUGAGAACUGCAACUUAUAAUAUGUCAUCCCAUCUCAUCUUUAUAUGGACAAGUUACUAGACUUUCGUGAAUUUAUUUUAAUAUGUGAAGUUAUCUAUAAUUAAUGUUGGAGCAAGUGGUAACUACUCAUUGCUUUAUCUCUCACAUUUGAGAGAGUAAAGAUGUGAGUGGAAUGAGUUAUGAGAAGAUAAAGCUUGGAUUAUUUGAUAAAUUACUAUUGGGAAUGAUUUAGUGUGAUUUGAACAAGGCAGUGAAGUGCACAACAUGAAGGUUGGCUUGUACCUUGAACAAAGCAAGGCACAAGAAGGAGGUUUGCUCGCUCAAGGCAUACAACAAAUAAUUGGAGGCUCUAAGGUUGUGAACCGCUCGUUCAAGCAUAUGCAUUGCUUGUUCAAGCGGUUACGCAGGCUAAGUAUAUGACAUUUUGUUUCUUGCGGUAUCUUUUCUUGGCGAGCAAGGCAAUUGUAUUAGUAUGUUGUGAGAUACCAUCAUCAAAUGUGGGGUCUUUAUUUUGAGAGAGUGUUGUUAAAAGUUGUGAGAGAUAAUCAUUAAUGUAUUGUUGAAUGAUACCAUCAGUAAAUUUGUU